CUCUGCAGACUUGUUACAUAAUUUCACCUUCAUCACCAGGUUUUGAUGUAGAAAGGACCUUUCAGUUAAUUUAUAUUCCCAGGGGUGAAGCAGCAGAAACAUCUAAAGCUGUAACCAUGGUAUUUACAGACAGUCUAGCAGCUUAUUUGGCAGAGGUAAUCCUGUCACAUCUGGCCCUAACCUGUGUUUUCCUUCUGGCCACGCUCGCUGCCGUCCGCUGGUACAUCAGAGAUUCCUACAAGGUUGAUGGUUUCAGCCAAAAACAUGUGCUCAUCACAGGCUGUGACAGCGGCUUUGGGAAUCUUCUGGCCAAACAGCUGGACCGAAAAGGUUUCCAAGUCAUGGCCGCCUGCCUCACAGAGAAAGGUGCCGCAGACUUGGCAGCGGCUGCCUCUCCCAGACUGAAGACCUUCCUGCUGGAUGUUACAGACAGCGCGAGCAUCAGGAAGGCGGUGGAGUCUGUGAGCAGAGAGGUCGGAGAGCGAGGUCUGUGGGGUCUGGUGAAUAAUGCUGGAAGAUCGACACCCAUCGGCCCAACAGAAUGGAUGAAGUUAGAGGAUUUCACAAAGGUUUUGGAUGUGAAUCUGAUAGGAGUGAUUGACGUAACCCUCCAGUUUCUGCCUCUCUUAAAGAAAGCUCGGGGCAGAGUGGUGAAUGUAGCCAGUAUUCUGGGACGACUGUCUGUCACUGGUGGAGGAUACUGCCUGUCCAAAUGGGGAGUGGAAGCCUUUUCUGACAGCCUCAGGAGGAACAUGCAGCACUUUGGUAUUAAUGUGAGCAUCAUCGAGCCCGGUUUCUUCAAGACUAAUGUGACCCGCGUUGAUCUUAUUGAUGCUGACCUGAGGAGGCUGUGGUCCCGCCUCCCUCAAGAUGUGAAAGACUCAUAUGGAGCUACAUACUUAGAUGAGUAUAUGAAAGCUCAGGCCUUCUCCAUGGGACUCUUGUGCAGUCCGGAUAUCUCUAAGGUGACGAGGUGCAUGGAGCACGCGCUGACCGCUCGCUUCCCACGCAGACGUUACGCAGCAGGCUGGGACGCAAAGCUUUUCUGGAUCCCUUUGUCCUACCUCCCUUCAUUCGUUGCAGACUUUAUGGUCAAUGUGAUUCUCCCUUCUCCUAAACAAAACAUGUAAAUAGCAGACAGCCUUUACAGUUGCUGUAAAAGUUUGUAUGACUGUGUCAUUACUUCUCUCCUCUGUAUGUGUUGACCAUGUUCACCCUAAGGUAAAGCUGCAUCUGAUAUUCAAAUGCA